AUGUACUCAACGAAGCUGACCCGCGCUGCCCACCGCGCCACCGCCUCGUCAUCGCCCACCGCAGCCCUUAUUUCCAACAGCUCCACCCACCACUGCACCGCUCGCCCGGCGUCCCAUCAGCGGCGGCACUCGAGCAGUAAAACAUCAUCAUGUCCCCCCGAUGACAGCGCCACCAAGAUCACAGCCAAGGCCUCUGCCACCGGCGAGCAGCAGGCGCCACGAGCCCCGAAGGCCGCGCCGAAGCAGAACAAGGGCAGGUCGCGAGGAGGCUAUAAGCGAGUAGCAGCGGCAGCAGAGAACAAGAAGCCGGCAGAGCCGAUAGAUCAGUUCGCUGCGCUGCCGAGUGUACCUCCAAUUCAGGGCUUGCGGCCGGAGGACCUCAACAUGUCCAAAUUCUUCUCCCUACAUCGACCCGUAUCUCUCACGACGACGAUCCCACCGCCGUCAUCAGCAGAAACCUUUGCUUCUAUCUUCGCCAACCGCCAAACCCAGGAUCCAUGGGCUAAUGGCAAUUCUGCUGAGAGGCGACCGGAGGAUGUCAUCUACACGCUGCAUAACACGAUCGACGCCCUCGAGAAAGGCAAUAACAAUGCGGAAGAUGAGGGCGUGCGGUGGGAGAUUAUCCACGAAAGCUCGAGCAACUCGGACGGCGUGAAGCAUCUGGAUGGCGCACCGCAGCGGAUGAAGAGUCUCGACGAGAUCGUGGCGCAAUUCAAGCCGUUCAAGGCGCCGCCUCCACCUCAGCCGUUCAUUGGGGUGAAGGAGCAGCCAGCGGGGGUAGAGAAGAAGAUGGCAGUUCAGCGGACUAGCACCAAAGGCAGGCCGAAGAAGAAGACAUUUACAGCCACCAUUACGGUCACCGAAUCCACCUUUGAGGACGGCCAGAGGACAUACUCAGCCUCGUCUUCGCCAAUAGUGCGGCUGCCUGAACCGACUGAGCGGACAGAUUCCAAUCGGGCCAUGCGUGAGCCUACGCGGACAAGACAGCCAUUCUUGACCCGUAUGGCGCAACGGGGACGCGAUAACAUGGCCGCCCAAGCGACCAGUUCUACGAACACCAGCUCACAAAUGCCGGUACGGAACGCGCCAAGUCCGGCCAGGCAAGAGCGUAUCAUGCGUCUGAUCUCGGUCAAGAGGCAAAGAAAGCUGAAGAUGAAGAAACACAAGUAUAAGAAGCUCAUGAAGCGGACUCGCAACUUGAGACGGAGGCAGGACAGAGCUUAG